AUGAAUGAAUCAACACCUAAUGGUGCUCACAAUGUUAACAGUGUGGAGGAUACUGUUCAUACCCAUGGGGAUUCUAAUGUUCGUAAAAUGAUUUCUUCCUCUUCAUCUCCUUUAGCUCAACAGCUGUUAACCACAGAUGUCAAUUCCCCAAGGAAGGGACGAAAUGCACAGGGUGGGAAAUCUAAUGAAGCACCAUCUCUACAACUCCUCACACGCAACUUGGACUCUUUAUCACGUGAGUUUGAGCAACUCACCGCUCGCGGUAGAGCGAGUUCUCACUCAUUGGCUCGCGAGGAGCCGCAAAUGCCACAAAUACAAUUGCCCAGACUUCGCAUUUCCUCCGCAUCUCAUCUACGCUCGACUCAAACAGCCGCUCUGUCAUCACGUCCUCAGUUUUCACCAACGUCUGUACGUGUGCAGACUGCGAAAACAUUGUUUCGGAAACAACGUCCUUUAGACGAAUCGCCUGUGCCCUUCUCUGCGGGUGCCUCCCCCUCUGCUGGACCAGUGCGAUCUCCUCUACGAACACCAAAAACAAGAUCAGCAAGGAAAGUAGCAACAAAACCACCAACAACAAUAACAACACCAGCAGCUGUAGUAGCAGCAGCAAAACCAGUAGAAGUAGGAGUAGAAGAAUCAGCAGCCUCUGUUGGAUGUGAGGAUGGGCGUGAUACCUCUCCGCUGCGGCGUCAUGUGUGUUCUCCUGGCCGCAAUCGCGAUGGUCGUAUUCGCGUGGCGGUUCGCAAGCGGCCGCUGCUGCCCGGUGAUGUUGGCGUUGACUGCGUGAAGAUUGCUCAUCCGCAUGUGCAUGUGUCCGUGACGAAGCAGCGUGUGGAUCUCAGCGACUAUGAAAAUGUGAAUGACUUUACAUUUGAUAGUGCCUUUGAUGCGGGUCAAACGAAUGCCGAUGUAUUCCAUGAAGUGUGUGUGGAUCUUCUGGAUGUUGUGCUUGCGGGUGGUAGUGCAUCCUGCUUUGCGUAUGGACAGACGGGUAGUGGCAAGACACAUACAAUGAUGGGCGGCAACGGCGAGUCGGGGCUCUGCGCUAUUGCUGCCGCCGAACUGUUUGCACGUGUGAAUAGCAAUACACAUGUGGUGUGUGCUGCCUUGUAUGAGAUUUACCGCAAUGCCUUGUUUGAUCUUCUCAACGACCGCGCCCCUGUUGUAUUGCGGGAGAGUUACAACAGACGUAUGCAUGUCUGCGGCCUCACGUGGCACUUUGUGGAGUCGGCGCAGGCGUUGAAUGAACUCAUCCGCAGUGGCACCGAGCAACGCAGUACGGGGAGCACAAGUGCGAAUGAACACUCCAGUCGAUCACACGCCGUACUCGCCAUUCGCCUAUGUAGACGCCCCAAGAACAAUAAUAAUACUACUAAAAUAUCUAUUACAGGUCGUAGUAGUAGUAGUCCUACUCGUAAUUCUAGUAGUAAUGGAAAUGCCCCUGAGGAAAAGGGAGAAGAGAGUGAUAUGCCUGUUUCUCCUUCUCUGGAUGCGGCAGCGGCGGCUGUUGAGGCGGGCGGUGGUGGGGCGUUAAAUUUCGUCGAUCUCGCCGGCAGCGAGCGGGCCGCUGAUACCGCAAUGCAUGAUCGGCAGACACGACAUGAAGGGGCAGAGAUCAACAAGUCACUACUCGCAUUAAAGGAAUGUAUACGGGCACUUGAUGAGAAGAAACGCCAUGUGCCAUUUAGAGGAUCGAAAUUAACCGAAAUAUUGCGAGAUAGUUUUACUGGAAAUAGUCGUACAUUGAUGAUUGCAAAUAUUUCUGGAUCUUCAUGCGAUUAUGAACAUACAUUGAAUACACUGCGAUACGCAUUUCGUGUAAAGGGUCUUAGCAUUGAAUCUGUUGUGCCGAGUAAGGCACGUAAUGCUCCACGAAUAUUUCGUCCACUCCCAGGAGAUAUUUUACACCAGCAGAAACUUCAACAACAACAACAACAAAAUAAUAAUAAUAGUAUGAAUAAUACUAUGAGUAUAACGGAAGUGGAUGCCAUAUUGCGAAGGCCACGUCCACGUUCAGUUGCAGCUAAACAACGACGUGCUCAAAGUGGUCCACCUGGUGGUAACACUCGAUGUCGCACACCCGCAGGAAAUACAAUGAUAAGAAAGAAUAAUAAUAAUGGUAUUAAUAAGAAAAUUAACUUUGAAAAUGGUAUUAGCAACAAAAACAACAACAGUAGCAUCAGUAACUUAAAUGGUGGUCCGUCUAACACUAUAGUAUAUGAAAAAGUGGAAGAAAACUUUCAAAAGACAAAAUCUAGCUGCUUGAUUGGUAGCCCAUCUAACGCAUCCAUCAUCUCUAGUACAUCCUCUUCUGGUUUCUUGCGUGUGGCUUCUUCCGAAAAGAAGUUGCGUCCCAGAAAAGAGCCGAUCAUUGAUGUAAAUGAGAGUGAGAUAGAUCGAUUGAAAGAUGAAAUGCAUGCCAAUCUAACACUUGCAUUGCGCAAACAAAAUGAACUUAUUAAGAAACUUAGUCAAGAGAAUGCCGCCCUACGUGUUUCAGUCAAGAUUUUAAAACAAAGAGUAAAGGAAUGCCCUAAUUGUGGAUGGAAGUUAGAACAACAAUAG